UACGCCAGUUGCUCUUCUACAAUCAAAUCGUUUGCUACAAAAUCAUUUCGAAGCGGGUAAAUUUCCGGUGUUUGUUUACUUUUCGUGGAACCAAAACAAACCCGUAAAUAAGGCGACAAAAUGACGCAGAUGUCCGACGAACAGUUUCGCAUACUCAUCGAAACCAUUCGAUCCCUGGCGCCGAUCAAAGACGAGGAGCCGCCAUCCAAGGGGAGCUUCAGCAACUGUACGGUCCGCUUCAGUGGCCAGCGGGAUCACGAUGCCGUGGACGAGUUCAUCAACGCGGUGGAGGCGUACAAGGAGGUGGAGGGCAUCAGCGACAAGGAUGCGUUGAAGGGGCUGCCCCUGCUGUUCAGCAAUAUAGCCGUGUACUGGUGGAAGGGUGUGCGCCGGGAUGCCAAGACCUGGCCGGAGGCCCUGCAACUGCUGCGGGACCACUUCUCGCCCACCAAACCCUCCUACCAGCUCUACAUGGAGAUCUUCGAGACGAAACAGGCCCACGACGAGGUGAUCGACUCCUUCGUCUGCAAGCAGCGAGCCCUGCUGGCCAAGUUGCCGGAGGGACGACACGACGAGGAGACGGAGCUGGACUUCAUCUACGGCCUGAUGCAGCCCAAGUACCGCGAGAGCAUUCCCCGGCACGAGAUCAAGACCUUCCGCGAACUACUCGACCGGGGGCGCACUGUGGAGCGCACCAAGCACUGAUGUCGGACAUAAGUUAGUUAGUUUUAUACUUAUAGGUAAAUAAAGAAGGGCUGAAAUCAAUUGAAUCUUACAAAA